GAAAUACUAAUUGUAAUGUCAGGGAUUUUUCUCCUGCUUAACUCUCUCUGCUCAGGCUACUGGAGAAAACAGUUGGAUCACAUUUGUGCUCACCUUAGAAGCUAUGCUCAGAACAACCUUGAAUUCAGAGCACUGGUUGGAGAACCUCGAAUGGGAAAGAUUACUUCUGCUGCCAUCCAUGAGAAUGACCAUCAAGUCACUAUUACGUUAAAUUAUGCUCUUGCUAUUAACAAGGGUGUUCAUACCAAGCCAGUCAAGUUCAAAAAUCAUUACCUGAACAGCGUAACAGAGGGCAGAGAUGAACAGGAUGGCAGUCAGCCUACUUCUGGCAAAGAAGAUCAUAAUCUUUCAUAUUCAAGAGGCAAAAUAAAGAGAACAAAAUCAAGAACACUCACAGAAAAAGAAGAUAAUCUCCUGCCAGAGUCCAAGCAACUACUGGAUGAAUUGGGUACAAAUGGGAAAGGAAGAAUCACCUUGAUAGAACAGUUACUUAGUGAAGGAGCUGACCCAAACUGCACCAACAGUGAGGACCGACCUGCUCUGACGGUGGCUGUCCUUAACAGGCAUGCAGAAGUGAUCUCUCUUCUUGUACAGAAAGGCGCUGACAUUGACCAGCAGUCAGGACUGCACAACAACACCGCUCUCCAUGAGGCAGUUCUGCUUGGACUGGAGGGAGAGGAAUGUAUCCGAGCCCUGUUACGUUGCAAUGCAAAUAUCAAAAAGAAGAAUACAAAAGGACAAUCGGCAUAUGAUUUGGCUGUUACAACUGGAAGUAAUGAAAUUAUUUCAUUGUUUGCAAGUGAACUUGGACAGGGAAUGUUGGAUAGCCUCACAAAACCAAGGGACAUUGGUCUUGUCAGCAUUUGAUUACAACUGCCUCUUCUCCAAGAUGGAGCUCAAGAUUCUCUGAAUUCAAGAGAACUUAAGCUCACACAUCCAGUUCAGUUCAGCCUGCAGACUUUGCUGAAUCAUACAAUA